GACCGAAACCAAAAGGAGACGAGAGCAGUCGACCCAGAUACCCAAACUGAUAUACGCAUUUACUCAACCUCAAGAGUGGACACGAAGAAUCUCAUACACGGGUGUUGAAACUGCGCGAAAUUAGGCGUCGAAAAAAGUGCGUUACGUUUUGGUUUGUCAGCGCUUCUUCUGCGUACGUAGUUUUAGCACGCUAGCUAGCAAGCUAACUGCGCUAGCGAGAGAGAAAGGAAGGCCGUCGAGUGGACCCGGCCUCGUUUAUUUAAAAGAACAAAAAUCACCCUGGCACAUCACCGCUGCCCCCUUUAGUAGUAGGAAUCGGACGACGUUCACGUUGAAGACGAGAACAUCAAAAGAGGAUGGCUCUGAAAAGGAUUCACAAGGAACUUAAUGACCUGGCUCGUGACCCUCCAGCCCAGUGCUCUGCUGGCCCAGUGGGCGAUGACAUGUUUCACUGGCAAGCCACAAUCAUGGGACCUAGUGACAGUCCAUAUCAGGGGGGAGUUUUCUUCUUGACAAUUCAUUUUCCAACAGACUACCCUUUCAAACCACCCAAGGUUGCGUUCACAACAAGAAUUUACCACCCAAAUAUUAACAGUAACGGCAGUAUCUGCCUGGAUAUUCUCAGAUCGCAGUGGUCUCCUGCACUCACUAUUUCUAAAGUUCUUCUCUCCAUUUGCUCACUCUUAUGUGACCCAAAUCCUGACGACCCACUAGUGCCAGAGAUUGCACGAAUCUACAAAACAGAUAGUCAGAAGUACAAUAAACUAGCUCAGGAGUGGACAACAAAGUAUGCCAUGCUUUAGGCGGAUACAUCAAAAUGGCAAAAGAAUGGACACAAAAGUAUGCGAUGUGAUGGCGUUGGUUGGAAAGCAGGUGGAAAAUGUUGCUGGUUCAAGCUUAAAAUUUUGGGAUUUUGUUUUUUCUUUUCACUUUUUGUUUAAUCAAUGCAUCUUACCCUGUUUUGUUUUUUUUAUUCCACCUGAGUG